AUGUCAGACACUGUGAGGGAUAAAGCAGCCCGCUUGUUGAAGAAAAGGGGCAGCAUCUCUUCUUUAGGAAGCCAUGAAAUCAAGGCAAAAGAAUUUAUUGGAAGAACCAAAGACUCCAUGAGUACAGUGUCUUACAUGGAUGAACCAAGCCACCAUGACGACAUUCUUCGUCCUCCUUUUCAAAUGGAGAACACAUACCAGCUAGGUCCUGCAAAAUGCUUUCCAGUGGCAACUGUGAAUAACAUCUUGAAGGAUGUGGUAACAAGUUACCUUGAAGAAGAAAAAUACGAAGCAGAGCUGUGCAGGCAAAUGACAAAGACCAUCUCAGAGGUAAUUAAGGCUCGAGUAAAAGAUCUUAUGAUACCAAGAUACAAAAUUAUUGUGUUUGUAUAUAUUGGACAACUAGACAAGCAGAGCAUGCAGAUUGGAAGCAGGUGCCUCUGGGAUACUACAAGUGAUACUUUUUCCUCAUAUGCCUUUAAAAAUAGAUCAUUGUUUGCUGUUGCAAAUGUCUAUGCAGUUUAUUUUGAAUAA